AUGUCGGAACCAGUGGGACGUCCAGUGAAAUUCCCCUACACGUUCACCGCGAAGAUGGUGCAGUUCCCGUACCAGCACUAUUUCAAAAAUCAAUGGAUCUGGCGAUUCUACUUUGUCGCGUUCGGACUGUCGCUGCCACUGUUCUACAAGCUCCAUACGUUGGCGAACAUGCCAGCCAACAAGGAAAAAUGGGCCGAAUCGAAACGGAAGCAAAUGGAGCCAGGGCACCAUUAG